AUGGCGGUGUUGUCGUCGAUGAAGGCGCAGAGCGCGUGCAUGAUGAGGUCGGGCGCGGCGCGCGCGGCGGCCAGGUGCCCCCCCGCGGCGCGCGGCCAGGGGCGCGGCGGGCGCUGCGCGCGAACCCCGCCCCCACACCCGCGCCCCCCACCGCCCCGCCCCCGCCGCGCUCACCGCGUGCGCGCCGCGUCCGCGCGCCACACGUGCAGCGUGCCCUUGUCGACACGCAGCUCACCAGCGAGCCCGACCGGUUGA